GACAACCUUGUCUAGUGGCUGCGUCGACUCGGUCUGCGAAUCAGGGGAGGAAUUUGAGCAUCGCUUCAGAUCGCUCGAUCUCGAUCGGCGUUGGAAGAUGGACCUGUCGAUCACGGAUCAGAGGCAGAGGGACGUUGGCAGUGGCAGCCGUCAGUUCUGAUGAUUACCUUCCAAUGCGAAGCAAUGAAGUCAAAAAUCGAACAUCGGCAGAUGAUAUCAAAAGCCUUCGAGUAAUCACAGCUGUCAAAACCCCAUAUUUGCCAGAUGGAAGAUUUGAUCUUGAAGCAUAUGAUUCAUUGAUAAAUAUGCAAAUAGACAGUGGUGCUGAUGGUGUAAUAGUUGGAGGAACAACAGGAGAGGGUCACCUCAUGAGCUGGGAUGAACACAUCAUGCUAAUUGGGCAUACUGUUAACUGCUUUGGAACAAAAAUUAAAGUGAUAGGCAACACUGGAAGUAACUCAACCGGAGAGGCUGUUCACGCAACAGAGCAGGGGUUUGCUGUGGGCAUGCAUGCAGCUCUCCAUAUCAAUCCUUACUAUGGGAAGACCUCCACCGAAGGAUUGAUCUCUCAUUUCGAUGAUGUCCUCCCGAUGGGUCCAACCAUCAUUUACAAUGUGCCAUCCAGGACUGGCCAGGAUAUAACUCCUCCAGUUAUUGAGGUAGUUUCACGUCACGCAAACUUGGCUGGCGUGAAAGAAUGUGUUGGACAUGAGAGGGUUAACUGCUACACUGAGAAAGGUAUAACAGUAUGGAGCGGUAAUGACGAUGAAUGCCAUGAUUCUAGGUGGAAAUAUGGCGCCACUGGCGUUAUUUCUGUAGCUAGCAACCUCGUUCCUGGUCUCAUGUGGAAUCUCAUGUAUGAAGGGGAGAAUGCAGUACUAAAUGAGAAACUGUUGCCUCUGAUGAGAUGGUUGUUUUGCCAGCCCAAUCCGAUUGGCCUCAACACUGCCCUGGCCCAGCUCGGUGUGGCGAGGCCUGUAUUCAGAUUACCAUAUGUUCCCCUUCCUCGUGAAAAGAGGGUUGAGUUUGUCCAGAUUGUUGAAUCUAUUGGGCGGGAGCACUUUGUGGGACAGAAAGAGGUUCGAAUUCUUGACGAUGACGAUUUUGUGUUGAUCAGUAGGUAUUAAGAUUCCAUUCGCCAACAAUAUAUGUUGACGAAUCGUGGUGGUAGGGUCACUGCAUGGUAAUCUGCAGCUCUGCUUUAGUCACUUAGCACUUCUUUUUCAUCAGUCGGUUGUUGAUUUCCUUUUUAUUGGAAGUCUGGAACCCAUUUGGUACCUUGGCACUAUAUAAUUGCGGAUCUACUCAGAAAUUAGGACAAUCUAUGAGAUGAACGUCGAAUAACAUGGACUUUAAGUAGUCCAUGUAGACAUAUACACUGUAUUUAUAGCCUGCGUGGAACCACAGAUAGAGACCUUUCCAAUGGUUUC